UCAUUUAUUUGUUAUGAAACUAUGUAUAACAUAACGUAACAUAACAUGUAACAUGUAUCAUAUAACAAAUCAUUUCACAAGAAAAAUGUAUCAAGUUAAAACCACGUAUCAACUAACUUAUCAGCUAAAAAUCAUAUGUGAAACAAAUGUAUAAACUGAAAAAUCAAUUAUCAAAAUAUUUAGCAACUAAUAAAUUAUAUAAAAAUUAAUAAUAAAUAUUUUUGAAUAUUUUAUUUACCUUAACUUUUUGCUGCCUGGAUAAAUUUGUUUGGAGGCAUUUCCCUUUUGCAAGAAUUUCUAUUCAUUUGAAAGAGGAUCUAGUCUCCAUAGCUUCCCAAUAGAACACUUUUAAAAUAGAAUUUUAGGAGACUUGGUUCCAAUAUAAAGAUAGUGUUUUACCAUAUCGAUUGGUGUUUGUGUUGGAGAUAGUUAAAAUACAAAAUGAGUUGAAUUUGUAAUGGAAGAAACUGAAAUAAUAAUUAGAAAGUAAAAUUUAGAAAAAUAAAACAUAGAUGAGAAUCGUGUUUGUGAGAGAAAAAGAAAGAAGAAUAGAACAAGAUGAUAAAGAGGUAAAAGAGAUAAUGAGAGAAGGCUAAAAAAAAGAAUAUUUUUCUGAUAAAAAGCUUACACACUUUACACACCUACAUAAAACUAUUGGAUUAAAUAGGUAAGGACAAAAUAGGAACUGAAACUAUUUUUUUUUGUUUAUGAGAAGUAGAGUGCAAAUAUAAGGUGUUUAUGUGUAUAUGGACACUUAAUAACUCUUAAAAAAUAAGUUUUUAGUUAUUUAGCAUUACUUUUUGUUUUAAAUCUCCAGUGAAAGUUCCUCGCUGUUGCGUGCUCUUAGGUUCUUUACUAUUUCUUUUUGCCUCUCUAUCCACCAAUUUAUCUUCAAUUAAUCCCUUAUUUUCGUGAUUCUAAAGAUAGAGUACUUUCAUAUUUCUAUAUAAGAUAUCUUGAGUUUUUCAAAGAUUAAACAAAAAUCUAAAUAUCAAGAAGCUCUUUUUCAAAAAAAAAAAAAAAAUCUAAAUCUCAUACUUUUCUCAUACAAUGUCAAGAUUUCAGAAUUUGCUAUGUUUUACGAUCCUUCUUGCAACCGUAACCUUCUUCAAUGUAGCUUCAGCUCACGUAAAAAUUAAACUUGCUUUACCACAGACCGGAGAUCCAAUAAGUGUGGGUGAUGUCGAGCCUUAUACUGUUAAGAUUGUGUCUACUUUCGUGGCUGACCUGGAAAAAGAAUGCGCCAAGACAGAGAAGUUUAGGCACUUCUUCGAAAAAGUUAAUGCAUUUUCCAAGUGCGUAUGCUCGGUCUCUAUGGAUCAUGAGUCUCACAUGAAGGCUAAGGCAGGUAGCCUUUUCCAAGCCAUAUCAGCUCUAGGUUCCGAUGAAAAUGGAUCUAAAGGAGGAAUGGUGAAUAAGCUACAGAAGGAGAAAACAGAAGCCAUGGAAACCGUCAAAAUGUUGCAAUCUAUUGGUGAGAAGAUUACCGGCAGGCAGAAUAACAAAACAGAGAUAAACGGAACAUUAAAACUAACCACAAAACAACAAAAAGAAAUAAAAGAUGGGAUCUUAAAAUGGGUUAAAGUAAUUACUCAAAUCGCAAAGCAAGCAGACGAAAUUAGCAUGGAAUCUGAAACAAAGAAAGAGAGCAAGGAAGAAAAUUAUGUUGGACCGAGAAUAUUGGUUCAAACAAAAUCUUCCACAAAAAGUGAUAAAAAUUCUGACAAGAAGAGCGGUAAUAAGAAAAACAACAAGGGAGAAUCAAAGAAGAAGAAGCGUGGAGGUAAAGAAGGGCGUCAGGGCUCUGCUAAAUCUAAAGGAGGAAGUAAUGAUGAUAAAAGCAGCAAAAACAAAGGAAAAAGUAGUGAAAAUGCCAAGAAUCAACAGUCCAAGUAUGGUAAGGUAGAGAAAAAGAAAGGAGGUGUUGACCAGUCUCGUAAUAAAACAGCAGAAAGGUUGAGGGCUGAGGCGGCCGAUGAGUUGGAUUAGAAGAAAGGAAACUGCGGUCUCUCUAUCUUUUUCCGAAUUUUUGUCGUUGAAUAAUACUGAAGAUGGAAGACUUAGUUUAAAGAUAUGCCAUAUAUAUGUUUACUUUUUUUCUUAAAUUUCUUUUGUCUAUAAUGAUCAUAGCGAUAUAAGCUGCUAGAUGGUGACUAAAAUAAGGUCAUAGAUCCGAUCGACAUGAGAUUGUGAUCUUUAUUUUUUUGUAAUCGAUUUUUUCUUAUCAAUAAAGGUGUACGUUCUCAUUCUCGUUACUUAAUCAUUGAUGCAGUGAAACAUAAAUUAAAAUCACACUGAAGUUGUUUUACGGUUGUAAACAAUUGUUUUUUUUUGUAGAGUGAUGGGUGAAAAUUAGAAAUCUGAUUCACGAGACCUAAGAGACUAUAAGGUUAGUGGUUCUAAUUUCGAAUAUCAAGGGAAAUCUGUGUUGGAACCAAUUAAUAUAAGUUCCAUGGGCUGAGUAUGAAAUUUGAUGCGGGAAUAGAAAAAAAUUAUAAGCUAAAAGGGCUGAGUAAAAUUUUGAUUUUAUAUGAAGAGAUAUGAAGAUUUUGGAGUCAUUUUACAAGCCAAAUGUGCUGAGUAAAUUGAUUCACUUAUUGGUUUUGAACCCAUGAUGAAAAGGCUUAGGCUUGGUUGCUAAGUUUGCUAACUUGGUGACCAAGCCAAAACUCAACUAUAAAUAUCCAUGGUCAUCUCCAUAGUCAAAACACAUUCAUAAUUCACGUUGAUCUCUCUCACUACACACAAUACAAUCUUUCUCUCACUAUAAAAGAAAAGAAAAACUCUUUGGAUCUUCUUUUAAAGAAAGUGUCUUGAGAGUAUCGUAUUAGUUCGUAAAUUUUUUUUCGGGUGUUGCGAAACAGUCUCAUCACGGUUGUAUCAUGGUGUUCAAAAAUCGCAUCAAACCGUCACACAUUACGGGCGAUUUAUUGAGUUAAGGAAAGACAUCAAAUCUCGACUCCGUGAAUUCGUCUAUUUCCUUACAAUUUCUUAAACGUUUUUAGUCGUUAUAUUAGUUAUAUUAUCGUUUAUAUGCUUUAUGUUUCGUAAUUUUCAAUUAAAAUUUUCGCGGUCCUAACUGGUCGUCGCGGAAACUGGUCAAUCCAAGGAGAAUAUUGAUCAGAGACCUUAACAAAGAUUCACAAAUGCUGAGUUAGAUGCAAAAAGAAGGCAUGAUCAUAUUUGUUUCCAUUGUAAUGGAAAUUGCUUCAAAGGUCAUGAUUGUCCUAACAAGGAAUUGCGACUAUUGACAGUAGUUAAUGAUAUGCAAAUGUAAUUGGGGUGUUCAGUGAGGAAGAAUGGGAGUAUGAAGAGGAGCAUGCUAACUGAUGAUUAUGUCUCGAAUUCUUUCUUGAGAAUUCAUUCUAAGACUACAAAAAUGCAUGACAGGAUUGGAAAGACAGUAGUUGUUGUUAUCCCUCUGUAAUGUUUAGCUAUGCCAUUCGUCCUCGCCACGAUGUAUGACAUAUCGGCAGCGAUGCAAUUGUUGGUGUGGAAUGUUGAUUAAUUAAUUUGUGCUUGGUGCUUACUAACUUGUAUAUUCAUAAGAAUUUAUAGAAUAAGGUAUGCAUGUAAAUCAACCAAAUUUUUGUUUUAUUUGUAUGCAAUCAAGUUAUUUGGUA